AUGGGGCUUCUGAGCCGCCUUCAGCUCCCGGGCCUGAUUCUGGCAGCGUGCUGGCUACACAGUGCCUCGGCCGAUGUUAGCCAAGGUAAGCGGUUGUUUUUGGGUGCAAAUGUGUUUAUGAUGGAUGGAUGAUUGAGGGCGAGAUAAGAGUGACAUUGAGUUUACCGCAUUCCUCGCCCUUAAUUUGAAACGACAAAACCGGAAAGCCGCGGAUCCGUUUCCCAACUCUGUAGAUCACAGAAUAAUGAGGCUCGGGUAAUAUUUUUAAUGAGCACAUUUAAGUAAAUCCCCUGAGGCAAGAGCCGGUCUUUCUUUCUGGUUUGUUUGUACAACCUCGAAUUCGGUGAUCCGACACUUUCUCCGAUGGAAUAAAUUAGAUUCGAAUCAAAUUCAAACAAACCAUCAGGUCACAGGUCUUAGGGCGCACUUAAGCACGGGUAAUUGCCGUUAUUUAUGAUGUCUUGUGUGGUAUAUGAGGUCAGCAUUCUUGUCAAUCCGAGUUGCUUGAUGGAGCUUAAUCAGCGCAGAUCUUAAUUGAUUCAUAAAAAAAGAAAAAAUGCGUCCGUUUAUGGGAUAUUAACCAUGAAAUAAGUGUUAAAGUUCAAAACUUUUUUUUUAAUUUCAAAACAAAAGGAUAUUGAAAAAAUUGAAUUAGAUACAACAACAAAAAGUCAGAUUUAUGCCAUUCCAGAUCGAAUACGACAGCGACGCCAAUUCAACAAUCCUCACGGUCCCCAAAUUGAUCUCAACAUUACAGUACCCUACAUAUUCAGUGCCAGAUUGUACCCUUACGGUCAGAGCAAAGGAGAUCAGGUCACACAACUCGACCCUCAACCAGUCGACCUUCACACACCGUUGAAGCUACUAGGCCGAAGCUACGAGACGCUUCUGAUUCACAAAGAUGGCUACUUGAGCUUGUCACCGUCCAACAACUUCUUCCCGACUGACAAUGAACGACCGGUCGUUGCCUUGUUUUGGAUGCCCGCAAAGGGAGGGAGAGUGUAUUUUAGAGAGACGACUGACCCUUCCAUCCUAUCAUUGGCUCAGAAUGAGGUUAACAUUCAGUAUCGGUAUGGGAAGGAGUUUCAACCGACUUCAGUAUUGAUCGUAACCUGGGAAGGCACUUACGGUGUGGCCGAUUUGGUAAGUAAUUCUUGUCUUGACUAGAAAACGAUUAUUUUGUAAUUAUAUUACCCAUAUUCGUGCCAUUUUUGUUAUUUAAUCUUAUCAGUUUUUACUGAAUUCACGGGGAUUACCAGGAAGUUAUUGUAUCCAUAUCAAAGCUAUUAUUCAUUUUUGUAAAAGCAAUAAAUUUCAGAAAACAGAAGGAAACAUGUUCCAAAUUGCGCUGAUAUUGUCAAAGGAAGCGACCUUCGCUCACUUUGUUUACAGUAAGCUGGCGUCGAACAACAAUGCCGCUGUAAGUGUUGUAAAAACAAUGGGUAUACCUCUUGAAUUCAAGCAGAUACCUUUAAAAUGAACAUUACACAAAGCCUAAUAGAUAUAGAAGAAUGUUUUAUUUCAGGCCGGAUUCAGUGGAUCUCCGUUCACAGACACCCACUUCUACUUGCCUGGAUCAGGUACCCCUACCUCGUCCAGUCUAGUAGAGAAGUCCAACAUCGGAAUUCCAGGAGAAUGGUUAUUCAGAAUAGACGACUCCCAAAUCUACCUUUGUGGAGCCGGCUUCAAAGGGCUUGAAUGUGUGGAUUCGUGUAGCCCCAACCAAUGGUACCUCGACUGUUCUCGAGAAUGUCACUGUGCCAACGGUGUAGCCUGUAAUACAGAAACAGGUGUCUGUCCUAGCAAUGCAUGUAGUCCAGGCUGGACUAAUGCGCCCAAAUGUGACGAAGAUGUUGACGAAUGUGUAGUCGCCCAACGGCUGUGUCCUGAAGAACAACCCGAUUGUGUGAAUACCGCAGGAUCGUACUUGUGUUUGUGUUUUGAAUACGACAACAUUACCAACUCCUGUAGAUCUAACCAAGCCGGGAACAGAUUCCCAGCUGAACGUAUUCCAGUAUCAGUUAUGCCGUUAGUACCACAAAUUGCUCAAAAAGGAACCACAAAACAACCAGGUCGCCUGAGAGAUUCGUCAACAACCAUAUUGAAUGUAGAACCGAUCAAUCAGAAUCUGAUUCCUGAUAUACAGACAUUGGCUCCCAUCUUUGCUCAAACUGACAGACCAUUGACCAUUCAGCCGGUCUUGAGUACUCGUGCACGGUCUCCAUUAGCUCAAACAAUAGCCACUACAGUGGCUGUGCCAUUAUGUCCACAAUGUGAUCUCAACGGUCAUUGUGAAGGCAGUCAGUGUGUUUGUAACACUGGCUGGACUGGCAAUGGAAUCGUAAGUUGAUGAAAACGUUUUCUACUAAACAUUAUACCAUAUGUUGUGCGUAUGAUUUCUUAAACUUUCUACCGUAUGCAAUAGUAAAUCCAGCUAUCUUUUCAUAGUAAAUACGGUAUUUCUAGGAAUGCAUUGACCUCAACGAAUGCCUCCAAGACAAUAUCUGUGGAGCGAACGCCUUGUGUCAGAACACUUUGGGGUCGUACCAAUGCGUAUGCGAUGUUGGCUUUGUAGCCACAAGCCAAGGCUGUGAAGACCUUGAUGAAUGUGCUGAAGGCUUGGUGACAUGCAGAGGAGGAGUUACUUCCAAAUGUGUUAACAAACCUGGUGGAUUCGAAUGCCAAUGUGCCCCUGGCUAUACUGGUAGUUCCGACAGUCCACAGGGUUGUCAAGGUAUGUCAAUUUUUAAAAUAAGAGUAUUUCCUCAUUAUUAUCACCUUGGCUUGGCAAUGUUUUCUGAUGAUAUUACAGUUAGAUUGUUAAAUUUAACAUCAUAAAAAUUGAGUAUAAUAACCCAAUAUUGUACCUUCAACGUUAUAAUAUAGUCAUUGUAGAUAUCAACGAAUGUGAUACGCCUGAACUUUACUGUGGUAACAAAGCCAAGUGUAAGAAUGCUCCUGGGUCAUACUCUUGUGAGUGCUUUGAAGGAUACGAGAAAGCUCACAACUCAACUACUUGUGUUGAUGUAAAUGAAUGUCUGCUAAGUCCAUGUGACCCUUCAGCUGUGUGUACCAAUCUUGAUGGUACCUUCCAAUGUAAAUGCGUCGAUGGAUUUGUUGGCAAUGGAAUUGAAUGUAGAGGUCAGUCAAAGCGUUUCUUAUCAGCCUUUAAUGUAUACAUACUUUACAUUAUGGUAUCAAACAUAUAAAUUGCUUUAUAUGAAACUUUAUUUGUUUUAGAAACGAUCCUGUUCCCAACCGGUCGACAAACAUCAUCGUUACAACAGCUGGAUAACGCGGUCAUCCCGUACCGACUAGAAGAACCAGUUAAAGUGUUCGGAAAAGAUUACGAAACCGUUUAUGUAAGCUUCACACUGUCGUUAACCCAUCAUGUAGAUCGUUAUAUUAAUUCAACUUUAAUUUCUUUCAAAUAUAGGUUUCCACUUUAACUCAAACUCGUAUAAUUUGUAGAUGUUACCUAAUUUAUGCUUAAUCACCAUUCCAGAUAUCCGCAAAUGGGCUAGUCAGCUUUGACAGAGCUUUCUCCGAACCGGUCACAGGGCCUGAUGACAUUCGGUCAGUCGUAUUUUACCCAUUACAUGAUGCUUACAAAAUGAAACCGGAAAGUUCAAUUCAUUUCAAAGAAGUUACAGGUGAGUUACAUGACACUAAUGAUAAUAUGUUAGUAACAAACUAUAUAUACGUUUCUGUAAUAAGUCACAGAACCCAGACUUAAAAUUUAAUUUAUCACAGAAACUUCAGAAUCCGACGCCACAAACUACGGUCUUUUGAGUCGCGCCUCUUUGUUGGUACAGAACAAGUUCAACAUGGUACGUUUCCACGCUCAUCGACUACUGGUGGUAACAUACGAAAAGUUGUCUACAGCCACGUCAUUCAACCAGAAUACCUUCCAAAUGGUGAUCGCUCAAUCUUCUGAUGCCACGUUCCUUAUCUACUUGUAUGAGAAUGUAGAUGAAGACACUAGAUCAGCCAUCGUGGGCUUCUCUUAUCCAAAUGGAAUGUUAUCCAUCCCAGCUAAGACUACCGCCAAAGCUUCGAAUGUUGGUCAAAAAGGAAAGUGGAUGUGGAAGAUAGACAAUCCAGCCAAGAUUGAACAAUGUCCGGCUGGGAAGAUGGACCCUCCGUUCUGUGAAGACGGUAGGUUAAUAUGCAGUAACAUCUGAUUAAAAUAUUUUUUUCAAUAUUCUUCCAUCUUUCAAAAAUUGACAAAGUCUACGGUGAUUUAAAUGGCCACGUCUGUAUUACUUUUCCUUUCACAAUACUUAUUUCAGACUGUCCACCAGGAAAAUGGGGAUUGUCGUGUGAGAAAGAGUGCCGAUGUGCUGAUGGUAUGCCAUGUGACUUUGGAAGCGGAUUCUGUGCCAGUGGCAAAUGUGCCCCAGGCUUUGAAGGCCCCAGUUGUAACAAUGGUAAGUAACAAUUCUUUCAUUUUAACUUUUUAGACAUUGAUGAAUGCCACCGAAAUCAACACAACUGCCACAUUGCUGCAGUAUGUACAAACACUUAUGGCUCGUUCACAUGCAAAUGCCGUCCUCUAUUCGCUGGCGAUGGAGUUACCGUUUGUAAAGGUAAGUCUACUGACGUCACCCCAUUGUAGAAUAUAUUACUGUAAGAUAAAAUACUUGAUGAUUUUAGAAAUCGACGAAUGUUUCAAACGAUUCAACAAGAGCUGUGCUGCCCAAAGUCGUUGUGACACAACAAACCCUGACUACCCAGAAUGCGUGUGCAUAGAUGGAUAUCAUGGUGAUGGUCGCAAAGAAUGUAACCCUGACAUCAAGACAAGUACCAUUCUAACAACUAUACCUACAUCAACAACAAUGAUGCCAAAGAUGAUCGUGCCCCAAAAAGAAUACGAAGAAGAAUUGAAUCCAUUCAGUAUGCAUACUUGGACUUCGAUAGAAAGAAAGGCAGAAGUCACUGAACCUAUUACAACUACUACAACUGUGACUACAUCAACGAGGAAAGUACCAAAAAGACCAAAAGUAGACGUGGCCAAGGAUUACGAUGACAUAGACCGAGACAUUACAGUAGGGUCAAAACUAGAGGAUUCGAUAGAAACUUCAAGCAGUAAGUCCACUAUUAAAAUGAAAACAUAACGUAAAAGCCGUAUCAAAAAGUAAAAAAGACAACAAUUUUUAAGAAGAAAAGCCCAAAUGUUAUUGACCAUAAAAUACUAUUCAAAAGACAAAACAUUUACUAUAAAACAAAUUUCAGUCCUAUUCCUAAUAGUACCAGGCGUCGUGGUUGGAGUGUGGCUGGUACUAGUAAUGGUGGUACUAGUGCAAUGCUGUCGUCGACGACGGAACGUCCGACUUACCAAAUAUUCGCCACAGAUGAUGAGCUACGGCCAACGGAGCACAUCGUACCUCGGCCAAAGCGUUCUCAAUUGA